AUGCAGGACCCGUACUAUGACAGAUCGUACUAUCUCAACGGAGCUAAAUCUAUACCUUUCGACGGAGACGGCAGCAUCAGCGCCUUCAGGGUAAAGGGCGGAAAGGCUUCUUUUCAGCAGAGAUAUGUCAUGACGGAGCGCCUCUUCGCUGAGAGAAAGGCCGGCAGGUCUCUCUUCGGAAACAGCAAAAACCCCUUUUCCCACCAUCCAUGUGUCCGCGCCGUUAUAGACUCUGCGGCAAACGUUAAUGUGCUCGUCCAUGCCAACAAGCUGCUGGCUGUGGGAGAGAACGGACCAGCCUAUGAGUUGGAUCCCAAGAGCCUACGCACUAUCGGGCAGGACCCAUUUCCCGGUCACCUUGACCCCACGAAGCCAUUCACUGGGCACCCACAUGUUGAUCCUGAGACAGGUGAUUUGAUUUCUUUUGGCUACGAGAUGGAGGGACUAGACAGUCCACAAAUCGCCAUCUACACUAUCAACAAGCACGGAGAGGUCACGUAUCGACGUGAUAUUGAGUUUUACCCUACCGGUGGAAUACCCACAACUACAUCGGUCAUAAUGCGGAUGCCCUACAUGGUUGACCUGAAAGACAUUGAGAAACCAGGAAACCAUCAAUGGUACUACGACGAGAACUGUCCGGCCUACUUUGGGCUCAUUCCACGAGACAUCAGAAAGCCGGUCCGAUGGUACAAGUACAAGAACUCGAUGCCUAUUCAUACGAGAGCUUCAUGGGAGGAGAACGGAAAAGUAUAUUUCGAUACGACACUUGCCUCGCACAAUGGCAUGAGCUUUUUACCUUGUCGCCAGGGCCCGAACCCGGAGCCGAAAGAUGUGUCAGUCAAUUACGUGAAAUUCUGCAUCGACCCCAAUAGCACAUCGGACGAGUUGCCCGAGCCAGAGAUCGUCCUUCGUGGUCCGUGUGAGUUCCCACGUAUCGACGAGAGGUUUCUGAUGAGCAAGACUCGCAUCACCUGGCUCGAUUGUUUUGAUCCAAAUUCAGACUCGAACAAGAAUGUUUUUCAGGGCUUGAAUGCACUGGCUCGUGUCGACUAUCAGACGGGAGAGGUGGAAUAUUUCUCUCCGGGCCCUAACUGCCUGUUACAGGCCUUCGCUCUGCGGUCCCUGACAAUUGGGUUGACUCUACUCGGAUCGAUAAGGUUGAAGAAUACAAGGUCCAAGAUGUCCCUGAACUCUACCCUCAUGUUCCCAUUGUAA